AUGUACCCACCCGGACAGUAUCCGCCCGUCCCGGGAUACGCGUACUACCCACCGAUGCCCAUGCCCAACAUACCAAUGCCAAAUGCCAUGAUCAACGCAUACAACCAACGCUUUCCCCAUGCGCCUUACAUGUGGUAUCCACCCGGACCGCCAAAGUUCAUGGCGCCACCUCCACUUCAUCAAGUUCCGAGCUCGAGCCAAGCCAGCCGAUUUUCCCAGAUGUAUCAGGCACCGGCAGUGCAGCGCCCCAAAGCGAGUCAGCCAGAGAAGAUGGUGGUGGAGCGAAGUUUGGAAGGAACUAAACGACUGGAGCGUACCCACGCCUGGCGUUGUCCGCACGACCCGACGCACCAUGCGGAAGCGAGCAACCUGCCCAAUUUCCUCGCGAAAUUCCACCCGGUCUGGGAGUACUUCGAGCUCUGGAAAGAGCCGGCAGAGUCCUACAGCGAGACAACAGCUGACUGCAAGUUAUGCGGACGGAGGUUCCCCAGAGCCAGCACCGUCACCGCGAAGGGACAUCUUAGUGGCAAACACCGACCCGAGUUUCUGAAGGUAUGUGAAGCGGCACCGGGGCAUCGACAUCACUAUGGGCCGUUUGGCAGGCCACGGGCAGUGCCUACCACCGUCGAGAUGAAGGGCCAGGGAAGUAGGACGGAGAACGCGAUGCUACAAAGCACGAGCGUCUUCCACCCGGCAAUGGACGAAUACAAGAUCCAGGAGUACGUCAACUCGGCCCCCAUCAACGCCCAGCAGUUCGAAGCCAACAACUUGCCAGCCAUCAACUCGAAGCCGUUCCAGCAUGUCAACCUCCCCGGCGUCAGCAUCCGGCCGUUCGAGCCUGCCAACUUUAACAUGAGGCCCUGCUUGUUCAACGAGCCGCCUCCCGCUGGCCACAGGGCGUUCGAGCCAACGAUCUUGCCAACCGCCGACAUCAAGCUGCUCGAGCCUACCAACUAUCUGCCCGUCAAUAUCAAGCCCUUGGACCCAACCAGCCCCCUUCCGAGCGACACCAAGCGUUUCCAGCUGUUCAAGCCAGCCAACCCCGCUCCCAUCGACACCAAACAUUGCGCGAGGCCCGACUUGCUAUGCAACGACAAGAAGCUGCUGGCUCACAACUUGCCACCCAUCGAUACCAAGUCAUUUGGGGAAUCCAAGCCGCGCAGCUCGGUGCAAAUGAGCCCGAUAUCAAUGGAUUCCCCCGCAUCGCCUCGCUUCUUCAAAAUCGAAGCGAAGCUCGAGGCCGAGGAAACGGAGCAGAAAACCGAAACCAAAAUGGAGGACGAGGAGACGGAGAACUUGUUGAAGAUGUUCAAAAAGAGGCACGAUGGGCUCUACGAAUGCAACCUAUGUACGUUCUGUUCCUCCUACGACCUAAACGCCUUCCGUGCACAUCAGGAUACAACACAUCGAGUUCAACGCUACAAGCCCAACCCACGCCCACAGAAUGAAGGAUUGAUGCCAGGCUUUGCCUCUAGCUUA